AUGGAGAAAUGUGAUUUGGGUGGUAAAACCGUGAUAGUUGCUGUUAGAGCAGCAAGGAAUGCUCUGCUCUGGUCUCUGAGUCAUGUUGUUCAAGCUGGGGACUGCGUUAAGCUGCUUCUUGUUGUUCCUUCUCAAUCUUCAACCAAAAAGAUAUGGAGGAUUUCGAGAUUUACGAGUGAUUGCGCCUCCGGUAAUUUGAAGUCUAUCUCUGGAAUUAGUUCAGAUAGAAAACAAGAUGUUGCAGAUUCAUGCUCCCAAAGGAUUCUUCAGUUGCAAGAUGUUUAUGACCCAGAGAAGGUGAAGGUCAGGAUAAAAAUCGUUCCCGGGUCGCCACACGGAAUCGUUGCUGCCGAAGCGAAGAAAGCUCGAUCCAACUGGGUUAUAUUGGAUAAACACUUUAAACACGAGAAGAAGCACUGCCUGAAUGAGCUGCAAUGCAAUCUUAUCGUGAUGAAGCGAAGAGUUGUUCGAUUGAAUUUGGUCGGAUCACCGAACAUUGAACCUAAAGUGGAAUGGCCGUCAUCGUCUGAAUCAGAAACAUCUCCUAGAUAUAGGAAAGGCAUGCAUGGCCUGUUUGAUGAAACUAAAGGGCCAUAUUCGACUCCUGUCAGCAGUCCUGAACAUGAAUCGCCCCCGACUGCUACCAAUGUUGGAAUGUCGUCAAUAUCGAGUUCCGAUCCAGAAGCCUCACCGGUUUUCCUCCAUGGAUUAUACGAGAGGUUGAAGAAAGAUCAUUCGUUCUUUAGUGAAGGAAGCCGAAAUCCAUUUGAAUCGGAUUCAGACUCCAACAGUGAGCUAGAUCCUCCUACAACAGUUUCAUUGCAUCUUGGGAAGGGUUUAGAGAGAUCGAACGAUUCAUCUCUAACGUCAACAUCGAGCAUUUUGUUUGAGACAUCACCAGCAUUGAAUCGAGAACUUGAUCUCGGGGUCCUUAAUCACAGACUUGAAGCUUUCUCACAGUCAAGAAAUGCUCCUCCUAGACCUCCUCCAUUAUGUUCAAUAUGUCAACACAAGACUCCUAUAUUCGGGCACCCUCCGCGGUCUUUCACGUAUGCUUAACUGAUAUGCGGUACCAAUGGCUUUUCACAAUUGAAUUUCUUGGCUGAAGGCGGAUUUGGUUCUGUUCAUAAAGGGAUCUUACCCGACGGUCAGGUCAUGCUGUGAAGCAACACAAGUUGGCUAGUUCUCAAGGUCGG